AUGGGUUUUGGAUUCUUCGCCUCCAUUUUGGUUCUUACACUGUUCUUCAAGCUUUCAGCUUCUCAACAGCCCAAUACGGAUGGGUAUUUCGUGACUGAGUUCUUCAAGAACAUGGGUAAAGAUUCCUCUCCACUUUACAACGCCUCAUCUCCCGUUUGUUCAUGGCCAGGUGUGUUCUGUGAUUCCCAGAAAGAGCCCGUUGUGGGUUUAAUGGUCUCUGGUCUGGAACUCGCUGGUCCAAUCCCUGACAUCACAAUUGGGAAGCUGACCAACCUCCGGACUCUAGAUCUCAGCAGCAACAGAAUCACUGCUUUGCCUUCAGACAUGUGGAGCUUAAGCUCUCUCAAAACCCUCAAUCUGUCUUCUAAUCAGAUUUCUGGCCUUCUCCCUAACGACAUUGGCAAUUUUGGUGGUUUGGAAACGCUUGAUCUAUCUGGAAACAGCUUCACUGGAGAAAUCCCUCCAGCUGUGAGGUCUUUGCUCAGCUUGAGAGUUCUUAAGAUUGGUGGAAAUGGUUUUGAAGGUAGGAUUCCAGUUGAGAUUCUGAGUUGCAUGUCGUUGGUCGUUUUGGAUCUCUCGUUGAAUAAGCUAAACGGGUCAUUACCGGAAGGCUUUGGAGCUUCAUUUCCAAAUCUCCAAAGGCUCAAUCUUGCUGGAAAUGGGAUUGAAGGAAGAGACUCGGACUUCACGGACAUGAAGUCCUUGAAUUUCCUCAACAUUUCUGGGAAUCUUUUCAAAGGUCCUGCUAUGGGUUUGUUUCAGGAAGGGUUGGAGGUGAUGGAUUUAAGCAGGAACAAGUUUGAAGGUCAUAUCUCUCAGGUACAAUUCAGUUCCAACUUGGUUUAUCUAGACUUGUCAGAGAAUGAGUUGAGUGGAGAAAUGUUUGGGGAUUUCAGUCAAGCUAAGAAUCUCAAGCAUCUCAAUCUUGCAUUCAAUAGAUUCUCCAGGAAGGAAUUCCCAGAAAUCAAUGAGGUUUCUAGUUUAGAGUAUCUCAACUUGUCGAAAACUGGCGUCAUUGGUUCAAUUCCUGGUGAAAUUUCCAAGCUUGGGAACCUCAAUACACUUGAUCUCUCUGAUAAUCAUCUAACUGGGGAUAUACCUUCUUCAUUGACCAUGAAAAGCCUCCAAGUUCUGGACAUCUCAAGCAACAACAUGACUGGCGAAAUCCCCUCGCAAGUGCUUCAAAAGCUUCCAUGGAUGUCGAGCUUCAACUUCUCUUCCAACAACUUCACCUUCUGUGGUGGUCCCGAAAUCUCUUCCGAAAUGAUUCAGGCUCGGUUGCAUGGCUCAUCAAACAGCUGCCCCAUUGCUGCAAACCCAGAUCUCUUCAAAGAAAAAACCCGCCGCCAUAAGGGACAGAAGCUUGCCAUAGCAUUAACCAUCUCGAUGGUCACCUUGCUCGUGGCAUUACUGCUAUUCCUAGCCUUUGGUUGCAGGAGGAAGUCCAGAAUGUGGCCAGUGAAGCAAAUGUCUUACAAGGAAGAACAGAACAUUUCGGGUCCCUUCUCAUUCCAGACUGAUUCAACCACAUGGGUUGCUGAUGUGAAGCAGGCGAAUUCAGUUGGAGUAGUGAUAUUCGAGAAGCCAUUGUUGAACAUCACAUUUGCUGAUCUCUUGGCGGCAACUUCAAACUUCGAUCGUGGCACUCUUCUAGCCGAGGGCAAGUUUGGUCCUGUCUAUAGUGGAUUCCUACCCGGUGGAAUCCAUGUAGCUGUUAAAGUACUUGUCCAUGGCUCUACAUUGACAGAACAAGAAGCUGCCCGAGAGCUUGAGUAUCUCGGUCGAAUCAAGCACCCAAAUCUCGUCCCAUUGACUGGUUAUUGCCUAGCUGGCGACCAGAGGAUUGCCAUCUAUGACUACAUGGAGAAUGGCAACUUGCAGAAUCUCUUGCACGAUCUCCCACUCGGUGUUCAAGCAACUACAGACGAUUGGACUACCGAGACAUGGGAGAAAGAUGACAACAAUGGGAUUCAAAAUGUGGGCUCUGAAGGUUUACUAACUACAUGGGCAUUUAGGCACAAGAUUGCUCUCGGGACAGCUCGUGCGUUGGCAUUCCUCCACCAUGGAUGCUCUCCGCCAAUCAUUCACAGAGAUGUCAAGGCCAGCAGUGUUUACUUGGACUAUAACUUGGAGCCAAGGUUGUCUGACUUCGGGUUAGCUAAGGUCUUUGGAAAUGGGUUGGAUGAGGAGAUUGCUCGUGGCUCGCCGGGUUACUCCCCACCAGAGUUCUCUGACCCGGGUUAUGAUAUUCCAACACCCAAGUCUGAUGUCUAUUGCUAUGGGGUGAUUCUGUUUGAGCUCAUCUCAGGGAAGAAGCCGGUUGAAGAUGACUACCAUGAAGAGAGAGAUGGCAGUUUAGUCAGUUGGGUUAGAGGGUUGGUGAGAAAGAACCAAAGCCUGAGAGCUAUUGAUCCGAAGAUUCGAGGUACAGGAUUGGAUCGAGACAUGGCGGAAGCUCUGAAGAUCGGUUACCUAUGCACGGCCGAUCUUCCAUCGAAGAGGCCGAGCAUGCAGCAGGUAGUUGGACUUCUUAAAGAUAUUGAACCAAGAAGUUAG